UCAGAGACGUCACCACCUCAGGAGAGACUACAGUGGGCAACUGUACCUCGGUCGACUCAUACACGGCUCAGAUACGCAGAUACCAACCAUCAGCAGCGCAGGAGCAAGACAUGCCAUAAACAGCAGCAAAACGGGGACACGCCACCGCACUGCGAAGUGGGGCUCUGUUGCAGUUGCCUAGGAAUGUCCACCGAGCAGCCCUGAAGACAAAAUGAAGCGCAAGAGCGAGAGGAGACGAGCCGAGUCGAGGAAAAAGCGCUGUGCGGCUCAGAACAGCUCAGAGGUGGCGCCAAACUCUGAUAUUUACAUUGAGAUAACAGAUCAACUAUAUUUCGCCAUACUAAAGCAAAAGAUCAAGAGCACGGCCGAACGACACUGUUUCUGCGUAGAUGAAGAGCUGGCAUAUGAAAACUUCUAUGCGGACUUUGGUCCCCUUAACCUGGCCAUGUUUUAUCGCUUCUGUUGCAAGCUGACAAAGAAGCUCAAGUCCAUUACACUGUCACGGAAGAAGAUCAUAUUUUAUACCUGUGGAGAUCAGAAGAAACAAGUCAAUGCUGCUUACCUAAUCGGAUCAUAUGCAGUAAUGAAUCUAAACAUGAUGCCAGAGGAGGCCUACAGUCUGCUGGUGUCAAGAAAUUCAACAUAUAUUCCAUUCAGAGAUGCUUCGUUUGGAACUUGCAUGUACAAUCUGAACAUCCUCGACUGCCUUCGUGCCGUUCACAAAGCUCUGCAGUACGGCUGGCUCGACUUCUCCAGCUUUGACGUGGAAGAAUAUGAGCACUACGAGAGAGCAGAAAACGGAGACUUGAACUGGAUCAUUCCUGGAAAAUUCCUUGCAUUCAGUGGGCCUCAUCCGAAAAGCAAAAUAGAGAAUGGAUACCCUUUGCAUGCUCCUGAGGCCUACAUCCCAUACUUCAGGAAUCAUAACAUCACCACUAUCAUCAGACUCAACAAGAAGAUGUAUGAUGCCAGACGUUUCACAGAGUCUGGGUUUGAGCAUCACGAUCUGUUCUUUGUGGACGGGAGUACACCGAACGACUCCAUCGUCAGGAAGUUCCUCAACAUUUGUGAGAAUGCAGAAGGAGCCAUUGCUGUUCACUGCAAAGCUGGACUGGGGAGGACCGGCACUCUGAUUGGCUGCUAUAUGAUGAAACAUUACGGCCUGACUGCUGCAGAGGCCAUUGCCUGGAUACGUAUCUGCCGGCCAGGGUCCAUCAUUGGGCCUCAGCAAAACUUUGUUGAAGAGAAGCAGAACAGCCUAUGGGCAGAGGGCGAUCUUUUCCGGGAGAAGAUGUUAAAUGAACGAGAGAAUGGCAAGAUGGCUGUGACCAGGAUCCUGUCUGGAGUGGAUGACAUAACCAUCAACGGGAUCAACAAGAACAGGGCAUCCAAGAAGGAAGAAAUGGAACUGUACAAUGAUGAAGAGGAGAGAAACGGUCUCACACAAGGAGAUAAACUGCGCGCCCUGAAGAGCAAGAGGCAGGCCAGAUCGUCCUCAGGUUCACUAUCACUAGAAGAGAAUAAGAUUCACACCAGGUCAUCAUCACAGUCGCUAAGCACGGUCAUCCUGCAGACCAGCAUACAGGACUGCAAGGCAGGCGUCAACCCAUUGGCUGUGUCUGACAGCAGGAAGAGGACCAGAACUUCACUGCCAGCCAGUGGAAGCGGAGGAAGCUCCCUGUGCCACACCAGACUGGUCAGGUCCCUAGGCAACUUGCAUGUAGUGGCUGGUGACAGAGACCCAAUGUGUUGUGAGCCAUGUGGCAGCCAUAGAGAUACAGCCAGUGCCACAGCCAACACGGGCACUCUCAUCAACUUAAACAUGGCGCAGGUCCACCUGCAGACGCACUGUCUCCAGAGGACGUAAAGCUCGCAGCUCUUUGCAGCCAGUUCGAUUUGCCAGACUAUGUCACUCCAUACCCAAAGCUAGAGCUCCUCUACUUCGGUGAGCCUGUGGAUGUGGAAACCCGGAGGAAUUUUACAUGAAAUCCAACUUAUAUAUAACUGUACUACUCUUCUUAAAUAGACUAAGUUUGAGAAAAAAGUUGGAACAUGUUUUAACCGUGAUGUGACAUGUAAAUCAUUUAUAGAUUGUUUUGAUUACAAGUUAUUUUACUCAUAAGGCACUUUGGUUUUUAUAUUUUUAAAUACAGCACCAUGAAUAUGAUAGUUUUAAUCAUUGCCUGUUUGUUCUUACUUAUUGAAAAAUGCAGUAGCAACCAUCAGAUUGGACCUGCAAUUGUAGAUGCAUCUGGCAGGAGGAGUUUGCUGUUGGAUGUGAUUGAAACAUGAAGUCUCUAUUGACAGAAAUUCCAUCACAAUGUACAAUACUGUGCACAUUUGUACCCCUCAUUCUCAAUACCUGGCUGUUUUUGUCAUUUACUUGUGACGUUUUUCAGCUGCUGUACUUCAAGACUGUAAAUAUGUCCACAUUUGAUAUAAGCAGUUUGUAUUUUUUAAAUAUUUUGUAUUAUGUCUGAAUCAUGCUACAAAAUAAGUCAAUGGUCCUAAUGGGGCCUUGUGUAACUCAUGUUCAUAAUCCACUGAGGACAUCUGCUUGAAGCACAUAAAAUCACUUUUUAAAUAAAAUGUAUUCCAAGUGAA